UUCACAAACUCAAAACAAGGAUGUUGAUGCUGCUGCUGCUUGGCUGACACACCACACACACACUAAACACACACGUCCUCCAAUCUGUGUUGUUUUGAGCCACACUCUUUCAUCUGCUGCUAUCAGGGCUGAUGAGAGCUCCUUGUCUUUCUGGGUCUGCUGCAGCUGCUGUGUGAGUCAAAACAGUUUCUGUCUUUCCUCCUUCACCGAACACACAGAGACGCAGUCGAGCUGUGGCAUGUCCGCGGUCCGGCAUCCGGAGCUCAGCCAAUUCUAAACUCUUGUGCUUGUGUAAUGGUUUUAUCAUCAUGAUAUCCGCAUGGGUGUCAGUGAUUGUGAUGCUGGUGGUGUUCGUGAAUGAGGUGAAGAAUGAGGAUGUCAGACGGCCGUGUGCCCACAUCCAGACCCCCAGCUCAGUGGUGGCCCUGGGGUCACUGGUCACAGCCACCUGCGUCAUCAGCGACAACUGCCUCCAGGCCAUUGGACAAGCUGUUCGUGUAGAGUGGCGCCUCGACGGUCGCCUCCUUCCCAGCAGCCCCGCGGCCAAUCAGAGCGACGGGGUUUCUGAGGUUGUGAUACCGAGCUUCAAUCACACCAGGGCCGUCCUGACCUGCUGCGUCCAGACCUCUCCCGCUCAGGUCGUGGGAGGAGUGGAGAUCAGAGCUGGAUAUCCACCAGAAGCACCACAGAACCUCAGCUGUCAGACUAACCUCACCAGCCCGGAAACCCUGACCUGCAGCUGGGCCGCUGGGCAGCAGAACACCCACCUCCCCACCAAGUACACCCUCCACACCGAGAUAUGGGAUACAAACGCGAACUUUACCUACAAGCCCCCGACGGACGUCCACCACUUCACCAUCCCUCGCUCCGGCUUCGUCCUGUACUCUGAUAUGAAAAUAUAUGUGAGGGCGUCGAAUGAACUUGGAGAGGCGACUUCAGAGCCCGUCGUUAUCGAGCCCAUCAGUGCAGCCAAGUUUGACCCACCAAGUAUUCUGAAGGCGGAAGCUGCGCCCAAAAGAUCCGGUUGCCUGAGGCUGAGCUGGAGCUUAUCCCAGCACCAGGUCUGGAUGCUUGGCUUCCACCUGAACCUGGAAGUCCAACUCAAGACUGCUGAGAGCCUUCAAUGGAGCGGACAACCAAUCCUGCUGAGCCGGGUUAAACAAACCAGACCUUUGGACCAGUGCCGCCUGCUCCACGGGACUCGGUACUGUGCCCAGAUCCGAGUCAGAUACCAGCAGAGCCCCUGGAGCGAGUGGAGCAGCAGCCAGUGCGGAGUCACCUUGGAGACUGCUCCCACUGGACGCCUCGACUGGUGGAUGAAGCUAUCAGGGGAUCCCAUGCACAAACAGCUCAACGUACACUUGUUUUGGAAGCCAUCAAAACAAUUCCGAGCUAACAGCCAAAAUGUGUCAUACAUCGUCUCGGUGCAAAAAGCGCUGGGUGAAAGGGGGAAGCAGUGCGCCACGACGGGGAGCUACUGUACUUUCCAGCUUCCUGGAAGAGCAAAGAAAGUGUAUCUGAGUGCUGUAAACGCAGUCGGGAAAUCCCCCCCCACUGAGGUUCGCAUUCACAAACAUAAAGCUCUUACAGGGAUAUCAGACAUCUCAGCCGUUUCUCAGGAUGACACAGCCUUUCUGGUCCAGUGGAAAAACAUGGAUAUCUCCGGUGUCAUUGGUUAUGUGGUUGAAUGGAAACCUCUGUUAACAGAAGACGUCUCCCUCACCAAGUUUGAAAUGGCAGACAGAAACCAAUCCAGCCUCAUUAUAACAGGAAGCUUUGAGCCCUACAAGCCCUAUGGGAUCUCUGUGUAUCCCAGGUUUAAGGAUGGGAUAGGCCUUCCUCAGACUGUUAAUGCCUACUCAAGACAAAAGGCUCCGUCCAUGGUUCCAAAAAUACAAAUUAAAAAGAUGUGGCACUCGUGUAUUGAGCUCUCCUGGGAUGAGAUACCACUGGAGCAAAGAAAUGGAAUCAUCCAAAGCUACAAAGUUUUCUACUGGGACCAGAAGGGUCCCAUUAAUGUUGUGAAUGCUGACCCGCAGGAGAGACGGGUGAUCCUGAAGGACCUGAAAGCUGUGACUGUGUAUGACGCUUUCAUGAUGGUGAGCACGGCCAGUCGGAGCCUGAACGGGUCGAGGAUUCAAAUCGAAAUCGAACCAUUUGACGCGGUGACCAUUGUGAUGAUUUUAAUUGCCUCUGGUGUUGGACUCUCACUUCUGAUCAUUCUCACGGUCCUGACUUGUUUCUCCAACCACCAAAGGCUGAAGGGGCAACUUUGGCCAAUUGUUCCUGAUCCUGCUAAUAGCAGCAUUAAGAGAUGGACAUCAGAGACAUCACAGUAUAUUCAUCCAGACAGUGACAAGCCCAAUCCAGUUUACCUGUCCCACCUCAGUUUCCUUGACCUCCCAAUGAAACUAAACAAAGAAGAGGAUGAUCAUUGGCUGAGCAGCACAGAGGACACCAGUGACCUGGGAGAGUCCAUCUGUGGUUCACCCUUCAUCCCUGGAUACACGGGUUCGAACAGCGACUCUGUUCCCUAUGCCACUGUGAUGUUCUCUGACCCGUGCAGCAGCCCUCCGCCCAAAGAGCCAAACGUCUACCUGCGCUCUGAGUCCACGCAGCCGCUCCUGGAGACCGAGGAGUCCUUCAGUCCCGAAUACUACCAGAAUAUGGCGACUGAUGGGACGCCAAGGGAGCAGUGUUUCUUCGGUCCAGGGCAUGAGUGUGUCGUCGAAGAAGGGGUGGACCAAGUUAUCAUUUGGGACGACUUUCCUUUUCUGCGAGCAUUAGCUAUGAAUGAUACUCAAAAUGACUAAAAGUAAUUUUUUACUGAUAAUAAGACUGCUUUGCCAGAUAGCCGUGUUUUUUGUAAUCAAUAGAUUGUGUUAGACAGAUCCGUAGUAGCAUACAGCUGUGAAUAAAGGUUAUGGAAUGCUGAAAAUUAAACUGAUGUUGAAUGAUUAUGAAGCCGAUGUUUUAGCUGUGAAACAAUAUCACCUCUUUUGGAAAUCAGUUUUUUUACCAAACAUUUUUAUAACAUUGUUGAGAUGACAUUGUUGUGGUUAUAUAACGUGAAAUUGUUCAUAAAAGAAGAAGAAAUGUAGUUUUAUGCUGACUGUUAUACCGAACAUGUUUACCCACAGUGCUACAGGAAAACCAGUUCCCUGUAACAAAUGGAUGAAAAUUAAAAUGGAAGUGGAGCUGCCGGCAAAAACAUGGUGAAGUAAAGGAAAAUGUUCCCUCAACAUAGCAGCCUGAGGUGAUUUACAUGUUACAUGUCAUUGGCAGAUGCUUUUAUCCAAAGCGACUUACAAUAAGUGCAUUCAACAUCUAUGAGGGGCCAUUUUAGGGGUUCAGUACCUUGCCCAGGACCACUUCAGCAUGCAGAUGGGGCAGAGUGAGGAUUGAACCGCCAACCUUCUUGUUGGAGGACUACCCAUCUGACCUUAGGCCACUCCUGCCCAUUUUAGGUAAAGAGAGACACUUUCUAUGAAAUUGAUUUGAGACCAAAUUAAUGUCACUCAGGGUUUUUUUCAUUGUCUUUUCCUUUUUAUUGAAAUAUGUCUUAAGUUCUCAAAUCAACUCAAAUGUGAUCCUUAGGGUAAACCCGUACGUGUAACUAUUAUUUACUCAUAUUUCAGUGUAACCUCAAAUGCUCUAUACCUCAAUUUACUUGUGAAAGUUGGAGGGAAAUGAUUUUAAACUGUGUAAAUGGAUUAAAAUUCAUUGACGGAAAGAAUCUGUGAGUUUUUCUUUGAUGAAAAGGUCACAAGAUGAAAGUAUUGUCCAUUUAUACCACUGAGCUUUAUUAUUGAACAUUGUUGCAGUUUUGUCUCCCACAUUGUCAUUUCAUUGACUAAUUAAUGUCAAUAUGACAAUGUUGUAUUGUAAAUGUAUGUGCAAGUGUAACAGCCUGUUAUCAGGUAUAAAUGAGUAAAUUCUCACUGAUAUUUUUAGAUAGAUUUGUAUAAAAGCACAUCUCAACCUGAAACCAUUCAACCAAAACCCUCUAAAACCUUUUCAAAUAAAGUAAAUUAAAUAAUUA